AUCACACUACUCCCUUUGCAGGAGCAAUGUCGAGUCCAUCCAGGUUAUUAAGCGUGCAUUAAUGAUGAAAAACGAUGAUUGGCUUCUCUUAACGUUUCCAAAAAGCUGGCGAGUCGACCUCGGGACAGCGCUGGCCUUGUGUUCAAAUUUCUAUCAGGCUGGGGCAUGCAAACACAAGUUCUGCUCGGAGUCGUUCAAUGAGGUUAAAUUAGACCUAACUCGAUGGAAGCUAUUUCCCGGAGAUCCCAGCCGGCCAUUUGGUAAUAAGUGGUGAUUCUGUACCGGCGAACUUCCUGGGGGAAAUGGCAGGUGGCUAGGCAAAGACGAAUAAAU